UCUCCUUCUCCCAUUCGACACGUCUCCCUCAACACCACAAUGCGCGUUUCAACAGCCCUUCUCCUCGCCCCAGCGCUCUCUGUUGCUGUCGCCGAAGAGGCGCAAGUCCCUCUUCUCGAAAGGGUCAAGGGCUUCUUCAACAAGGCGACUGCUGCUGUAGCUGCUGCAUCCUCGUCCAUCUCGACGGCCCCCGCUGCCGCCACGGAGAGCGCCAAAGUCGAGGCCAUCGAGGUUAUUCAGCACCCACUGACCCUGGAGACGUGGAAGGAUGUCCUGACAACGGAUGCGCAAAACGUCUUGGUAUUCACCACUGGAGGCAACAACACUUGCUUUGGCCUCUGUGAGAACGUCACCAAGGCAUGGAACGACUCAUUGCCGUACAUUGCCGCAAUGCCAAAUGCGCCUAAAUUUGUAUACCUGGAUUCCGAAGAGCAACCCGUUCUGGCGAAUUCGUGGUCGAUCCACGCCCCGUCGCUGUACUUCUUCGAGAUGCAGCCUGCCGGCGAGACUCCCGUCGCGCGCUACACGACGCUGAACCGCACGACGACGACGAGCGAGACAAUCAAGGAGCUCAUUAUUGGCAACGAGAUCCUCAAGAUUGAGCCUUACUGGGGCCAUUUCCACCCGUUCAACGGCACAAUGCAGACUUAUAACCUUGCAUUGCCCUACGGCUACGUGACGUAUGGUUUCUCUAAGAUGCCCUCGUGGAUGCCGAUGAUCAUCAUCUCCUUCAUCAGCAGGUCCUUUAUGAGCAAGCGCAUGGCCGGACCCACGCCCGCUGAGGCGCGCGCCCAACGAGCGCAAUAAAUCGGUGGCCAUGUUUGACGUGUCUGUUGGCUUCUGCGCUGGGCGGAUAUACCUGAUUGGAGCAUUGCGAUGCUACGUUUUUGGAGAAGACGUCUAUGAUAGAAUGCAGGAAUGUUGUAGCGAGACCAUGUAGUGAAAUACAGCGAACGUCUUUUAUGCAAUGUCGCUUUGCCUUGGGAUAUAUGUGGAAAGGAAAAGACAGUCUUAGGUAGUUGAGAAGUAGAGACAGCAAUGUUAUGAUUGAAGAGUUAAUUGGGGGAUGAAUUACAC